CAUGCAGGACUUCGUAAGAACUCUUGUCAUUAUUGGCUUGGUUGGCAACCUGGUCGUGCCGAGCUAUCCGAUGGUCCACGCUUCGGUUCCUGCCAUCCGUGGAACUAUGGCACUGGCCUUCUUGACUUCCUGCUUUGUUGGAGGCAGUACCUUCCUUUGUGAAAAGCAAGGUGGAGCGUGCAAGUACAAUACCGACUGCUGCCACCGCCUCGUGUGCCUGCAAAUCACCAAGACCUGCGAACCACGCGGAGCACACGCCCGUCAUGGCCGGCUGGGCAGGACAAAGUCCGUGACGAGGCCUGGAGGCAGGGCGCUUCCCAUGAGAACCACGGCGGGCUAGCAAGGUGCAGCGCCCGACUCUGAGCCGACCAAAGCAGCCGAUGGCCAAUACGUGCUG